AUGAAGUUGAAACCCUACUUUGCACAACUGAAAGUGAAAAGAAUUGGUGGACCGUAUGAAAUUUUAAGGUUUGAGAAAAAGGAAGGAGAAGAAAUUGCUGUCUCAGAGCUACAUACUGAUGGCGGGAUCGCUGCAGCUCUGGCUGCAAGAAGAAUUAAUAAGCUUUUCCCUAUACAACGAUUUCUAAUGGAGUGUGUGAAGUCUGGGCGGAAUAUCUUGGCUAGAUCCAGAGCUGGCACAGGGAAGACCAUUGCAUUUGAGAUUCCCAUAUUGGAAAAAAUCUCGUGGAGGAAGCGUCAGAAAUGCCUUGCUGGUGCUGAAGUUGACGUCAUUGUUGGCACUCCUAAAAGUGUCAUUCAAAUGUGCAAGAUGGACGUAGUGAACUUGAAUGCAGUGCAGUUUACUGUUCUGGUUGAGACUGCUCGGAUGCUUGCAGUGGCUGUUAACGAUGUGGGAGUCAUAAUGGAAAAGCUACCAACAAGAUGCCAGAGAAUUAUGUUCUCAGCAGGCAUAUUGUCUCCUAAUAUACGAAAGUUUGCCAAGGAGUAUUUUCGAGAUCUUUUAACUAUUGAUUUGGUAAGUGCUUAG